CCCCAGAGUUUGGGAUCUUCUGCUUCUGUCCAGAAGGAAGAGGGCACUAGUGCUAUGGAAGGGGGAAGCCCUCCUUGGGCCUAGUGCUUUGCACCACACAUAAUUAGGUUUUUUGCCAGCUCCAACUCAGCUGUCUCAGGACCAGCUAGAAUUAGAAGAAAGAGCAAGAGCUCAGCGAUCAAGACAAACAGCACUGGUUUCAUCACGCAGAGAACCGCCUCCAUAUGGUUAUCGGAAAGGAUGGAUACCACGAAUGCUGGAGGAUUUUGGAGAUGGAGGGGCUUUUCCAGAAAUCCACGUGGCCCAGUACCCAUUGGAUAUGGGCCGAAAGAAGAAAAUGUCCAAUGCUUUGGCAGUUCAAGUGGAUGCAGAAGGAAAAAUAAAAUAUGAUGCGAUAGCUCGACAAGGACAGUCAAAGGACAAGGUAAUUUACAGCAAAUAUACAGACCUGGUACCAAAAGAGGUUAUGAAUGUGGAUGACCCUGAACUGCAAAGACCUGAUGAGGAAGCGAUUAAAGAGAUAACUGAGAAAACAAGAGCAGCUCUGGAGAAAUCGGUCUCCCAGAAAGUUGCUGCAGCUAUGCCUGUCCGAGCUGCUGACAAACUAGCUCCUGCUCAGUACAUCAGGUACACACCAUCUCAGCAGGGUGUUGCCUUCAACUCUGGAGCAAAACAGAGGGUUAUUCGAAUGGUAGAGAUGCAGAAGGACCCCAUGGAGCCCCCAAGAUUCAAGAUUAACAAGAAAAUUCCCCGUGGGCCACCUUCUCCUCCAGCUCCCGUAAUGCACUCUCCCAGCAGAAAGAUGACCGUGAAGGAGCAACAAGAGUGGAAAAUUCCUCCGUGCAUUUCAAACUGGAAAAAUGCAAAGGGUUACACCAUUCCAUUAGACAAGCGUCUGGCUGCGGAUGGCAGAGGACUGCAGACUGUUCAUAUUAAUGAAAACUUCGCCAAGCUGGCUGAGGCUCUCUACAUUGCUGACAGAAAGGCUCGUGAGGCUGUGGAGAUGCGUGCCCAGGUGGAGAGAAAAAUGGCUCAAAAAGAAAAAGAAAAGCAUGAGGAAAAGCUCCGAGAGAUGGCCCAGAAAGCUAGGGAAAGGAGAGCAGGGAUCAAAACCCAUGUGGAGAAAGAGGAUGGAGAAGCUAGAGAGAGAGAUGAAAUCAGACAUGACCGGCGCAAAGAGAGACAGCAUGACAGGAAUCUUUCCAGAGCAGCCCCUGACAAGAGGUCAAAGCUGCAGAGAAAUGAGAACAGAGAUAUCAGUGAAGUUAUUGCUCUAGGUGUUCCCAACCCUCGAACAUCUAGUGAAGUCCAGUAUGACCAGAGGCUUUUCAACCAGAGCAAGGGUAUGGAUAGUGGCUUUGCUGGAGGAGAAGAUGAAAUUUACAAUGUCUAUGACCAACCCUGGAGAAGUGGUAAAGACAUGGCCCAAAACAUUUACAGACCAAACAAAAAUGUGGAUAAGGACAUGUAUGGUGAUGAUCUAGAGGCUCGAAUAAAGACAAACAGGUUUGUUCCCGAGAAGGAAUUUUCUGGCUCUGACCGUAGACAGAGGGGCAGAGAGGGACCAGUUCAGUUUGAGGAAGAUCCAUUUGGUCUGGAUAAGUUCUUAGAAGAAGCCAAACAGCAUGGAGGUUCCAAGAGGCCGUCUGAUAGCAGCCGCCCUAAGGAACAUGAGCAUGAGGGCAAGAAGAGGAGGAAGGAGUGAGUGGCUUGGCCUCUUUGAGCAGCAAGGAUGGACUGAAACCCUGGACUCCAUGCUAAUAGCACUUUUAAUCUAUCAGCAGGGGUGCACAGUGGGAUGGUUAUGUAAGAAAGCAAUGUACAGGCUACGCACAUGGAUUCUUUGGAGAUAACUACCCAUAGGAAACAGGGGAAGGGGAAAACCAUUUUGAACCAUUAAUAAGGGCGUUAUUUUCGUAGGCAGAACUUUGGCCUCUGCUCUCAUACUCAUGAGAACUCUUUCAGCAUUUCAGGGUAAGAGGGUACUCCUGUUUAGAGCUUUAGUUCUGUCUAGUUAGCUAAACCUUUUUACUUCAUCUGAUGAAAGUACAUCUGGUGUAUAUAGCUAGCCAUUGCUUAUGCUGUAAUGGAAGUAUGGUGGGGGGGGAAACCUUAUGAUUUGGUGUUCCCCUGCUGUGGCUGUAUAGUUUGUGCUGGAAGAGGAACCAGCUAGACUCUGUCAAAUCCUAUACUCAUCCAGAGUUUGUCAAUAAUCUUUUAUUUUAAAUGCAUUACAUACCAGUGUAAUAAAAAACCUCCUUCCAGUGUUAA